GCAGCAGAGGUUUCUCUAUAACAGCUAGAGGUUUUAUUUUUAACUGUUUGACUCAGUGCUCCUCAGAUGAUUGGGACCAUCUAGCUGCAGAUCAAGCACGGAGCGGAGCGUGGGGGAAACUGGAACGGCAAAGGGAAAGAGGAUGGCUGGGAAAGGGGGUGGGAUCUUAAGAGUCGUGCCUCGCAGGCUCUGCCUCCUCCCAAUGUGGAAGAGAGUUAAGGGCUCCCACCCACUAGAGUGUGUCUGCAGGUCAAGCUGGGAACUCUAGGAGAAUGGCUGCCUUCUGCCACUUAGAGACCUGAUUGCCCCGUGGUUAGUGUACUGUGAGGAGGGAGCAGGACCGGAGUAUUGUGUGCUUUCUGCUUCCUGAAAAGCGAGCUUCUCUCCCGCUGGAUGCUGCUUGUCUCCAGAAGCCUCUCACCAUGAUCGAUAGCUCCAAGAAGCAGCAACAGGGCUUCCCAGAGAUUCUAACUGCUGAGGAUUUUGAUCCUUUCAAAGAAAAGGAAUGCCUUGAAGGGACCAACCAGAAGAGUCUCAAGGAAGUGCUCCAGCUGAGGCUGCAACAAAGGAGGACAAGAGAACAGCUAGUGGACCAGGGCAUCAUGCCACCUUUGAAGAGUCCGGCAGCAUUCCAUGAGCAGAUAAAAAGCCUGGAGCGAGCCAGAACUGAAAACUUUCUGAAGCACAAGAUCCGGAGCCGCCCCGACCGCUCUGAGCUGGUCAGGAUGCACAUCUUAGAAGAAACAUUUGCAGAGCCGUCUCUGCAGGCCACGCAGAUGAAGCUGAAGAGGGCUCGACUGGCAGACGACCUGAACGAGAAGAUCGCUCAAAGGCCUGGACCCAUGGAGCUGGUGGAGAAGAACAUUCUUCCUGUGGACUCGAGUGUCAAGGAAGCAAUUAUAGGGGUGGUGAAGGAGGACUAUCCCCACAUGCACAGGGAGUUCUCAUUUGAUGAAGACAGCAGCGAUGCCUUGUCUCCAGACCAGCCAGCAAGCCAGGAGUCUCAGGGCUCAGCAGCAUCCCCCAGUGAGCCAAAAGUCAGUGCCUCACCACCUCCUGGGACUGCAAACACUCCGGCCCAGUUUACCUCCGUGUCCCCAGCAGUUCCUGAAUUCUUGAAAACCCCUCUAACUGCGGACCAGCCUCCCACGAGGUCUACAGCUCCCAUCCUCCCCACGAACACUGUGUCCUCAGCGAAGCCUGGCCCGGCACUGGUGAAGCAAAGCCAUCCUAAGAAUCCAAAUGACAAACACCGUAACAAAAAAUGCAAAGAUCCCAAACCCCGGGUGAAGAAGUUGAAGUACCAUCAGUACAUUCCACCAAACCAGAAGGGGGAGAAGAGUGAGCCGCAGAUGGACUCCAACUAUGCCCGUCUGCUGCAACAGCAGCAGCUCUUCCUGCAGCUGCAGAUCCUGAGCCAGCAACAGCAGCAGCAGCAGCAACAGCAGCAGCAACAGCAGCAGCACUACAACUACCAGACCAUCCUGCCCGCACCCAUCAAAAAUGACAAGAACAGCAGUAGUAGCGCGACUGCACCUGCAAGGAGACUAGGACCUCUGCCUUCCAGCCUGGACGACUUAAAGGUGUCAGAGCUGAAGACAGAACUCAAACUGAGGGGUCUGCCAGUGUCAGGAACCAAACCAGACCUCAUUGAACGCCUGAAACCCUACCAGGAAGUGAGCAGUAGUGGCCUUGCUGCUGGCGGUAUUGUGGCCGUGUCAUCAGCAGCUAUUGUCACCAGUAACCCAGAGGUGACAGUGACACUGCCCGUCACAACACUGCAUAAUACUGUGACUAGCUCUGUGUCCACUUUCAAGGCAGACUUGCCGCCUGCUGGAUCCAGCAACGUGGCCCACGUUGAAAGUGCCCGUUCCCCUCUACCCAUCUCACCAUCACCCUCGGAGCAGUCCAGUCUCAGUACUGAGGACACGAACAUGACAGAUACCUUCACUGAGAUCAUGAGCAUGAUGUCCCCUUCCCAGUUCCUGUGUGCCUCCCCGCUGAGGGUGACAGGCCACGAGGACAGCCUGAGCCCCACAAGUAGCACCCUGUCAGCCCUAGAACUGGACGCUGCCGAGAAGGAUCGCAAGCUUCAAGAGAAGGAGAAGCAGAUUGAAGAGCUGAAGAGGAAGCUGGAACAAGAACAGAAGCUUGUAGAGGUCCUCAAGAUGCAGCUUGAGGUGGAAAAGCGAGGGCAGCGACCACCAGACCCUCAGCCCAGUGGCCCCUCACAGCCCCUUAGUACAUCAGAUCAGAUACAUGGCAGUGUCGGGUCCUCCUCCAUCAAGGAUGAGGCCUCUCUUCCUGACUGUUCCAGCCCCCAGCAUCCCAUCUCCACAGGUAGCCAGACCCUUGUUGCCAAAAAGGCUGUGGUCAUCAAACAGGAGGUCCCCAUAGCUCAAGCCGAGCAGCAGAGUGUUGUCUCACAGUUCUACGUGAGUUCCCAAGGACAGCCACCUGCCCUUGUUGCUCAGCCUCCGGCCUUACUGACCACGCAGACCACUCAGCUGCUGUUGCCGGUGUCCAUCCAGGGCUCAAAUGUCACUUCAGUGCAGCUUCCAGUAGGCAGCCUCCAGCUCCAGACCCCAGCACAAGGAGAAGCCCAGGCUCAGCCUCAGAUAGCCACUGCCACACAGAUUCCAGCGGCACCACUGGCCCCAGCGCUGCCUCAGAAGCAGGAGGCCUUCCCGCAGCAUGUGCUGGGUCAGCCCCAACCAGUCAGAAAGGUCUUCACCAACUCUGCACCAAACACAGUUCUCCAGUAUCAGAGGCCACCUGGCCCAGCGACCCAGCAGCCCUUUGUCAUUAAAAGCUCCAACCCUGUUCUUCAGUCCAGAAACACCCCACUUGCACCCCUGCAAAACGGCCCUAGCCCAGCCAGCAAGCCUAGCUCACCCACGCCAGUCCAGCAGUUUGUCAUCCAGCACUCUUUGUUUGGGACCCCAGUCACCAAGACAAAAGACCCACCUCGCUACGAAGAGGCCAUCAAGCAGACACGCAGUGCCCAGCCAGCCCUUCCAGAGGUUUCCAGUGUGCACAGUCAACAGAUGGACGACCUCUUCGACAUCCUCAUAAAAAGCGGAGAGAUUUCCUUCCCUGUAAAAGAAGAGCCUUCUCCAAUCUCCAAGAUGAGGCCAGUGACAGCCAGCAUCACUACAAUGCCAGUCAACACAGUGGUGUCUCGACCACCACCCCAGGUCCAGAUAGCACCGCCUGUUUCCUUGGAGCCGAUGAACAGUAUAUCCACCAGCUUAGAGAACCAGCUAGAAGCCUUCUUGGAUGGGACUUUACCCUCGACCAAUGACAUUGCCCCACUGCAGAGCAGCAGCGAAGACAGAGAGCCAUUCUCUCUGAUAGAAGAUCUCCAGAAUGACUUGCUGAGUCACUCCAGCAUGCUCUACCACUCCCAGUCUCCCAUGGAGACCUCUGAGGCCCAGCUUGUGGCAGGGACUCCCUGUCUGUCUCUCGACCUGUCAGACUCCAACCUGGACAACAUGGAGUGGCUGGACAUCACCAUGCCCACUGCAUCCUCCGGGCUCACGCCUCUGAGCGCCACUGCACCAAGCAUGUUCUCUGCUGAUUUUCUGGACCCACAGGACCUGCCACUCCCAUGGGACUAAGGUCACAGGUCACUUGUCUCAGUCGUGAGGUUCCAAAACAUGAAAACAAUCUUGAAGAGUCAGUGCUUAGAGCUAUAGCCAUAGCUGCACUGUCUCAAUUAAAAUAUAUUGUCAUAGAAAAAAACAGGACAGUCAUAGCCUGGAAGCCAAGUAUGAGAGCACCCAUUCAUCCAGCAGUGACUGCACAACUUAGAGAGCAAGAGGCCUUGUGAAAGGCCUUAGACAAAGCCAAAGGUCAGGAGCCAUCCAUAGGGAGUGGCACUAGCGCUCUGGUCAUCAGCCACCUUUCAACCUCUGUAGUCACCUCACGACCCUUGAACCACAAGGAGGGGAGAAGCUACUGCACAUGUGCUCUCUAGAGUGGCCUGGACUGGGUCCAUAGCACGGUCAGAGGUGUUGGAGGCUCCGAGUUCCACUCUGACAUCUGUGUGACUGUAUGACGUCAUAGGUCAUUUUUUGAGUUUGGGAAUCUCAGUGAACAGCCUCUCACCAUAAGCAUGUGUCUGCAAAAUACUGUCACACGAGAACCCGGUGUCCAGAGUCCAGAUGUGUUAGUGCUGUGGUUUUCCCAGUAGCCUCAGGUGGGUGAGCUUGGUUCUCAUGUGAUGGUAGACAUUGGAAUAUGCCCUGACCUUGUGAUCUCUACAGCCUGCAAUAGAGUAAAAGGAUGGCCGUCCACUGGUCCUGCUUGUUGUAAUAACUCAGAUAGCUCUAGAUUACCUGAGCCACAGUAUCUCCAUCUUUGAAGACUUGCCAACAGACUCUCAGGUGACCAUACCCAUCUCAAAGAACCAAAAAAGGCUUCAACAUGAAAUUCCUUUUUGAGCUACUGAGUUAGAAGAAGGGAACGCGUGGAGUGUGUCAGACUCCCAGACAGUCCACCUUGAGCACAGGUUAGACCCUCCCAUCACUAGAUUCCCUGGUUUCAUGCAUAGGCUUGUAACCGGAUGCUCUGCCUGCCCUCAGUGUGUUCUCAGGCCUACACCUAAAAACUGGAGCUUUUAUUUCUUUUUUCUCUUGAUCUAUAAAGGAAAAAUUAUGUUGUCAAGUAAUUUAAGAAUUUCUAAAAUGCCAACUGCCACAGGAUUUCCCCAGCUCUUGAUCUAGUCAUUUAGUUAUUGGCUAAUUGUAAAUAACUGAGCAGAGCACGGGGUUUCUGUUACAUAGCAGCUUUAUUCCCACCCCUUUACCUGAGCCAGAUGGGCCUCCCGCAUCAGUGCACAGCCUCUUCCACAGGCACCUCCAGGAAGUGGCCUGGCCCAUUGCCUAGACAGAACCAGAAUCAUCUCUGAGGAGGUUUUGCCCCAAAGUAAUCUUAGUUCCAGUUUGUACUUGUUUAAUCCCACCCUGUGUCAAAGUGGUCCCUGUUCCCAGCUUUAGCAUCUGAGCAGCUCCCCCUCACCUAAAGUUUGGCUUGCUGGUGGCCAGGGACCACUGAGCUCAGAGAGUCCUCUUGUUUAGGAACCGUUCGGUCACUCUCAUAGGACAUGUGCAGCCAAGUUGGUUCUGCUAGACAGCUGCUUGUGCCCUGGCCCCAGCUGUGGGCCUGGUCAGAAACUUUCCACAUGAGAAUUUCAGCUCUAGGUCUUGCAGAGUUCUAGUCUUCUUUCUCCAGCUUUGGGUGUCCAGUUAAAGUAGUACCAAGUAUCAGUGAGCGUGUGGGAAGCGGCUGAACGUCAGUGCAUUUCCUCCUAUAGGAAAACUCUGGAAUUCUGAGUUGUGAAUAGAGACAGCAUUCUAGCCCUCAAGUCCCUUGCGUUAUUCUUCUAAGUUGGUUUGAAGCCGGCCACAAGAAAGUCAUUCUCCAAACACAGUUGAGUACAGAGGAAGCUAUCUCGGUGUUCAUGUGCCCACCCUGUCCACUAGGGUCCCAUUUCUUAAAACACCAAGGGGCCUCCAGCUACCGACUUCACUUGCAGCCAACUCACCCACAACAUUCCUUGCCCUACUCUCCUGGUUCAAGCAUCUAGUAGGUACGUAAGACACCAGUGACUUGAGAGUGCUUGCUAGGCCUUUCCAGCAUGCUCUGGGCCAGAGUGGGCAUCUUUCCCAUGUGCUCACAUAAUGCGUCAUGACCAAAGACCACUCUACAGAGAAGCCUCCUGACAUAGCUCAAGCCCUCAGCGAGUGUGUGGGGAAAGGUAUGUGUCUGAAGAUGACUUUGUUGUUUAGGACUGAUGCAAGAGGACUGCAUAGGUAGGGUGGGGCUGCCAACAGGCCUGAGGAGCCCCGGCAUCCGUCCGAUGGAAGGACAGAACUGGCUCCCGCAGUUACCCUCUAAGCUCCACACGCAGACACCUGCAAACAGGUCAGAGAUCCCGUUAGAUUCCCACCGUGCAUGUACGUGUGUGUGGAGGCUUCUGUUUGUACCACGUUACUAAGGAAAUCCCUCCUAGGAGCCUGUAGUGUCCAACCCCAGCCUCACGUUUCCACACAGUCGCAAAGUGCAGUGGCAUCAACUUGACUUUGUAAGGUAUAGAUUUCCCAGCCAUUUUACUAGGAUGGGAUGAGGCAUUCUAGAAGGCUGAUGUGGCUGGGGGCCUCUUUGGAACCCUCCCAGGGCUGCACCAGUGUUCACCCAGGCAUCCUACAGAAGUGAGCACACAGAGAUGCCCUGAGUUCAUUGAACUUUUCGCUCAAAUACCAUAUGUGUUUGUUACACACAAAUAUUUUCUGAGACUUCAGUAAAACUUUUUCAAAAGCUCCACAGUUCUCUGACCACAUGCUAUGCCUUGCUGGUCUGAGUACUCCAAAAAGCCAGGACAGCUCUGCAGAGCCAAGGAAAGGGGCUCUCAGCACACUUGCACCGUCAGCUGACCCAGAGGAGCUGGUGAUCAGUGUCCAAUUUGUCAUCAGAGUGAGCUCAAGCCACCUGAGCCCCAUUAUCCCAGGCAGGGUUCCCAGCACUUACAGCUGAGGGGGCAGCUGUCCCUCAAGUCAGAGGGCAUUCUUUUUACUGCCCUUGAGCAGACCUGGCCCAGAUCAGUGGCCAACAAGAGCCCACAUCACAUCUAUACCCUUGGUUGUUCUCAUGUAGCCAGGCUCAGAAACUGCUGAUGGUAGGAGGCCAGGAACAUGGGUACCAGCAGGACUACAGAGAAAGCCAGGAGCAUCAGAGCAACCAGGUCAGGCCCAGCAAACUCAAACAGCCUUGCUUGCUUCUGUCCAAAACACCAUACAACACUGAGGAUAUCAGAUACACAGGGACCCACUGCCCCCGUGGACAGUUAGCCCCAGGUUACCCUAGCACAGUAACUGGAAGGCCAGGUUUAUUAAGAAACAGUGUUCAUGCUUACAGAAGGUGCAUUUGGAUAGCAUCCUAAAAGUUCCACUCAUUGUAAAAGAGUCAAAACUGGAAAAUAGCAGCUCACGUAGUCAUUUUGCUCCCUGGUUCAGACUUAAAAUCAUCUGUUCACUCAGCAGUUCCGGUUUAUUUGUCAGGUGACUGACUGUAUAGCAACAAGCAGGUCGUUUUUUCAUCCGCUAACCCUCCCUAUACCUGAGGAGAUGUGCCCCUGUGUCUUUCGUGUAAGGCCUGUGAUUCAAGAAGCUGCACGUCUCUGAGAAGCUUUGCCCUCCACUGAAGCCCGCUGCUCUGGGGAGUGGGGUAUCACAGGCUGGUGACAGCAGCUUAGCAUCUUCGGUGCUGUCUGGAAGCCCAGUGACGUGACUACAGCAGCAUCAGCCGUGAAACAAAGCUCUAUGCCAACAUCCAGGAGAAAGCCUGAGAGAGUAGAUAGACUUGCUGGAAGAUGGCCCAGUUAUGUUACCUCACCAUCCUACUGUGAGGACCUUGCCCACUAGCAGGAGAUGAGGGGUUAAGAAAGGGUUCGUAUCUACCGAAAGUACUUGACCUCAAGAAACCAAAAGUAAUGCAGAAUGCUUAAAGGAACCAAAGGCAUCACCAGGUAUUUGCCAAAAGCAGCCACUUUUUGUUUUAAAAUUGAGACUAAUGUGAUCUCAAGUCAGUCCCAAAAAGGUAUCCAUUUACGGUUAUAAUUUUCAGAGAGAUGUAGAUAUUUCUUUGUUUCCUGUAAAAUAGUAUAGAGCUGUCAUGUUGGUUAAGAAUAACAUGCUUAUGUGGUAGUCAUGCAAAGCUGUUUGUUCUGAAUUGAGGUCCAGUUCUCUGUUGCUUGCAGUGGACAUGCAGGUGUCUCUUUCAUCCUCACAUAACGUCUUAGCAUCUCACUUCCUGAAGAAAAUGGGGGAGCACAGUGGGCAGCGCCGUUCUUACUGAAGCACUAGUUUCAUGAACAGGAAAUCAUGGCAAUCGGGGGUCCAUUUGUGUGUUGCCUUUAUGUUGUUUUUAAAAGAAAAACCAUGAUGCCUUUGUAUGUGCUGUUUGCACCCCUGCCUCGAUUCGUACUGUGUCUGAUGCCAUACGUUUGCACAUGUACUGUACAUAGGCAAUGCAGACUGUAUUUUUAUAUGUGUGUGCAUUUAUCAUCAGACCUUUUGUACAUAGUGGCAGUAUUGUAGCUGAUCGGGAAAUGUUUGAUAUCUCAGCGAUUUUGCAUUUUUGUGUCUCAAAUAAAAACCAUUUUGAUGUACCAU